AAUGUUGUGUUUUUAUAGUCAUGCCUUCUCACGGGCCGCACAUAACGGGCGAAAAGAAGCAGUACAUGAUCGGCGACGAGCUCAAUCUCAACUGUACCUCCGGGAAGUCGUAUCCCGCAUCGAUUCUGCACUGGUACAUCAACGACGAACAGAUGACGGAGAGGGAUGGAGUGAUCAAAUACCCGAACGCGGUGCACGCUCACGGACUCGUGACCACUGCCCUCGGUUUGUCAAUGAACGUGAAGCCGUACCACUUCAACAAAGGUGUGAUGAAGCUGCGGUGCGUCGCCAGUUUGUCCCCGGUCGUCUGGCAGGGACAUCACGUCGUCCACAGCAAUGCGCCACUUCUCGACAACCGAGAGGCAUCCUUUCUUGUCAGAGGCUAUUCUGAAAAGGUGAGAGGGAACAUCAUCCUGGCGAUCAGCAUCUGCAUCCUCGUCCUGAUAACGUGAUCCCCUUCAGACAGCCAGACUGUCUUUUAACCCCGAAAAAUGUAAACUCUCUUCUUGGAUAUUUGGAGAGUAAAAUUAUUAAAUUUAAAAAAGAAAAGAAAAAUAUAUGUAAAUAACCAUAUGUGUUAAUUAAAU